AUGUCGUGCCUGGCGUGCGCCCUCACCCCGCUGGGCUGGUGGGCCCUGCUGCCGCUGCUGGCGCUUCAGCUGGAGGCCUUCGCCCUGCUGCACGACGCGCGCGUCCUCGGCCGCGUCACUAGGCGCCCCUCGCCCAAGGCCAGCUUCGAGAACCCCUCUGCCACGUUCACCUGGCAGGAGCUCGCGCGACACAACGCCGAGGAGAGCGCCUGGGUCGCAGUCGACGGCCUCGUGUACGACAUCACAGAGUUUGUCGACCGCCACCCCGGCGGCAAGGAGAUCCUGCUCUUUGCGCUGGGAAGGGAUGCUACUAACCUGUUCAACUCGUACCACCCGUUCACGGAUGUGCCACGCGUGGUGCUGAAGAAGUAUCGAAUCGGGUCAUUGGCGACGUUCGAGCACCCCGUGUACAAGCCGGACUCUGGGUUCUACAAGGAGGCGAGCCAGGUGCUGAAGCGCUACUUCGAGGAGAACGGUGUGGAUAGCAAGAACCCGUGGAACGGCGUCGUGCGCAUGGCCCCGGUGUACGUGUGCUUCUUCGCGGCGUACUACGCCAUCUACUGUGUGCCGGGAGUGCCGUUUGCGGCCCGUGUCGCGCUGGCGGUGCUCCUCGGCGUGUGCCAGGGUAUGCCGCUGACGGGGUGGAUGCACGAUGCAUCGCACGUGUCCAUUGGCCGCUCGGAGAAGUGGUGGUGGGGUGUCGGCCGCUUCUCGCUCGACUAUAUGUCGGGCAGCUCCAUGGUGUCGUGGCGUAACCAGCACGUCCUGGGGCAUCACGUGUACACCAACGUCAUGGGCGCCGAUCCGGACUUGCCCACCGACCUUGCGGGCGACCCGCGCAGGCUCGUGCAGCAGCAGGCCUGGGCGUCCGUGUACCGGUGGCAGCACCUCUACCUGCCGCCGCUGUACGGCAUCCUCGCGCUCAAGAGCCGCAUGCAGGACCUCACCGAAGUCUUUUCCAAGCAUACCAACGGCCCAAUCCGCGUCAACCCCAUCUCCGUGCAGGACUACCUGCGCAUGCUGUCGGCUAAGGCCGUGUGGCUCUUCUACCGCGUCGUUGUGCCGUACGUCUUCCUGACGGCUGUUUCACGCCCGCAGCUCGCCGUGCUCUUCCUGGCCACAGAGUUCACCACCGGGUAUUGGCUCGCCUUCAACUUCCAGGUCAGCCACAUCUCGGACGAGGUCGACUUCCUCUUCUCCGACACCGCCAAGCGCGAGUCCGGCAAGUGCCCGGCCGUGUACGAGCAAGAAUGGGCCGAGUCCCAGAUUAAGACCACCAUCGACUACUCGCACGACAGCCCGCUCGCCGCCUACUUCUCUGGCGCGCUCAACUACCAGACCAUACACCACCUGUUCCCCUGCGUCAGCCAGUACCACUACCCAACGGUCAACCCGCUCAUCAUGGACGUCGCCAAGAAGUACGGCUACGAGUUCAAGGUCUACGACAGCUACGCGGACGCGCUCGCGGCGCAUAUUAGGCACCUCCGCAAUCUCGGCAGGGAAGGCAAGCCCGCAGAGCUUAAACUCGAGUAGAUUUAGUAGCUUAGUUUUGAUCGCGGGCACUUCGCGGUGGAAUGAAGCGUGGCGGAGGCACUUGCGUCUGCAUCGCCACCACGCGUUUUGGGCGUGACAAGCACUUCAAGAUAUUGGUAUCGCACGGCCAGAGCGCCUGUAAAGCACCAUGGUUGUUCGGACUCGUAGCGAGGCGGUUCGUGUGUAGGUAGAAGGCUGUCAAAAGAUCGAACAAUACCGGCAUGUCACAGCACACACUCGUUUUUGCAAUCGCUUCCAGUUAUAAAGCCGCUGUGGCAGAUACCGCCGCAUCCGCUUUGCCA